AUGGCUGCCACCGCGUCACCGCUCCCAACAUCUGAGCUCGAGCAAAUCGCUAGCAGCGCCUGCGAGCAAGCCAUCGGCGCAGCUGAAGCAUACGACCACUCCAAAGUCGCAGAAUGGAACACCACUAUCAUCCAAACGAUGCUUCAAUCCCUGAUCAGCAAAACCUCGCCCCCCGCCGACUCCAACACCCCCUCUGAACCCGCCCAACCUGCCUAUAAAUACAUUGCCAACAGCACCAUCAUCCAGCAUAUUGGCUCGCCCUCAGAACCCGAGAAGCACGGCCGUCGCGGCAUGCACAGCGCCGUGGGUGCCUUUUGGAAUAACGAAAAGGACGGCACAUACAGCUACAAGUGGGAGGCAGCAGAGAAGAAGGGCAUGGAUAUUGUGAUUACCAUUACCUGGAUUGCCCUAUAA